GCCUCAAAAUGUGCAUGUCUCCCGGUACAUAAACCGGGUAGCCAACCAGCCCUCAUCAUUCGUUUCUGAGAAGCAACGACAACUGACAAUGCCUGAACCAGCAAAGCCCGCGCCCAAAAAGGGCUCCAAGAAAGCCGUUUCUAAGACCGCCGUAAAGGGCGGGAAGAAGCGCAGAAAGUCUAGGAAGGAGAGCUACGCCAUCUACGUGUACAAGGUACUGAAACAGGUCCACCCCGACACCGGCAUCUCAUCCAAGGCUAUGGGAAUCAUGAAUUCCUUCGUCAACGAUAUUUUCGAGCGUAUCGCCGGAGAGUCGUCUCGCCUGGCUCACUACAACAAGCGAUCAACCAUCACCUCCAGGGAGAUCCAGACCGCCGUCCGCCUGCUACUCCCCGGUGAGCUGGCUAAGCACGCCGUGUCCGAGGGAACCAAGGCCGUGACCAAGUACACCAGCUCCAAGUAAACGGCCUCUUUCAAAUUUACCCCAAAGGCUCUUUUAAGAGCCACCCACUGGUCUCUUAAAUAAAGCAAAGUC